AUAUCCGUGUAUUUGUACACAACAAAUUAUCAAUAUCUUUUUAGACUCGUGAAUAUCUACAAUCCAAUCAAGUGGAGGGAGAGCGGAGAAUGGAAUGCAAUGUAAAGACCGCGGCCGCGAAGUAAAAAAAAUUCGAUUCAGUUGACUUAAAGUUUACAUGGGGUGUUGUUGUGUAUCACUACGUUUUAUUUUCAUUUAAAAUCUAACUUCUUUAAAUUAGUUAUUAUUAUUGAGAAAAGAAAAUAACACAAUGGAGCGAAAGUUUAUUAAUGUAAUACUUUUGGGUUUCGGUUUUAUGUUUGUGUUUACUGCAUUCCAAACUAUGGGAAACAUAGAGAAAACAAUAUUGGAUAGUAUAUCACAAGAUGAUUCGUCGUUCACCGGUGACGGAUACACUUCACUGGCCAUCAUAUACGCAACUUUGGCCAUAUGCAAUUGGAUGGCACCCUCUGCUAUCACUAUUACGGGCCCUAGAGGCGCUAUGCUUAUUGGUGCUUUCACAUAUUUAUUCUUCAUUGUUUCAUUUUUGUUCCCACGUACGUGGUUGUUGUACGCAGCGAGCGUGCUUAUUGGCGCGGGCGCGGCUGCAAUAUGGACAGGGCAGGGCAACUAUCUCACUCUCAACAGCGAUGCGGACACUAUCUCCAGGAACUCGGGGGUGUUUUGGGCUAUGCUGCAGUGCAGCCUCUUCUUCGGCAACCUGUUCGUUUAUAUAAAGUUCCAAGGCAAGAACCACAUCGACAAGGAGACGCGAAAUGUGGUGUUUGGUGCACUCACUGGGAUAUGCGUAGUCGGUAUUGUAUUCCUGCUGCUUUUGAGACCCACGAGACGGACGCCGAGCCUGGAAGAUGCAAAGGGUGAAGUUAGAACUGUGGAAGAAGGUCCAAUGGAAGCUUUUAAAGGAGCGUUGAAGCUUUUCUGCACAAGAGACAUGUUGCUGUUGAGCAUCACCUUUAUUUACACCGGUGUGGAGCUGUCUUUCUUGAGCGGAGUGUACAGCCCUAGUAUUGGAUUCACGUUGGCCAUGGGGGACAACGCGAAGCAACUGGUCGGUCUCUCUGGUGUCUUCAUCGGUGUUGGAGAAGUGCUCGGUGGCGCUCUGUUCGGUAUUCUCGGGACGAAAACGACCCGUUGGGGCCGCGAUCCGAUAGUGAUAAUGGGCUAUUUGAUCCACCUGUGCUGUUUCUUCCUGAUCUUCAUAAACUUGCCUACAACGGCGCCUUUCGGUGACACCAGCGACGUGUCCUACAUCAACCCGUCGCAGUACUUGGCGAUGUUUUGCAGUUUUCUACUGGGCUUCGGGGACGCUUGCUUCAAUACCCAGAUAUACUCUAUACUUGGAGGGAAUUACUCUGAUAACAGCACGUCGGCGUUUGCCCUGUUUAAAUUCACUCAGUCAAUGGCAGCGGCGGCGUGCUUCUUCUACUCGUCGCAGGCGUAUCUGUCUGUACAGCUUAUUAUAUUAGGCAUACUAGCGUCGAUGGGUACAGCGGCGUUCUGUCGCGUGGAAUGGGCGGGACGGCAAAGAGCGAGAGCCGCCGCCUUAGAAGCUAUCGACGAUAAAAUCAAUACUGCUGAGCACUCACUAGCUGACAACGCAUUACAUUACGACUGAGGGUGUAAUUUCAACUCGUCAAUUGUUUAAAUGUUGAAUGGGGAAGUUUAGUGUACACCUGAUGUAAAUAUCUUUCAUCGGAGUUUAGGACUGAGUGUGAUAUUGGCAGCCUUUUAAUCUUUAUAGAUUGGUGAAAUGGUGUUCUAGCCAAAAUUUGAUUUUUUCAGCUAAGCGUAUGCUGUUUAAGAACCGCGAGAAUUCAGCUCAAUUACCGUUGCAUCGAUUUUCUUGAUGU